AUGCGGGAGGCCAUGGUCAGUGCCAUGGGAGGAGCGGCUCCUCAAAUCUGCCCAGCUCCCCAGGAACAGCGGGGCCAGGACUGGCGAGACAGCAUGCGGAUCAGGGACUCGGACCUGAGCAGCCUUUCGGUGCCAGGGUCCCAGCGGGUGCUGACCUGGGAUGCAUGUGUCUACACGCUCACUCAGGGCCCAGGAAAGAAACGUGGGGUCCCCGACCUGCCCGGGACUCUCACCCCAGGUCCCAGCGGCUCAGCCUGGGAGGAAGCCUUUGGGGCUGGGGGCUGGGAGCAGCCUGCAGACCACCGGUCAUGUCACCAGGGUAUAUCUCCUCCUGAAGUGGGGCCCCAAAGUACAGAGCACAGCAGCAUGUAUGGCCCUGUCAGGAAAGCAGCCCCUUCCCCUGGCCAGACCCCCAGAGGGGCUUGGACACCCCAGAGCCAGUGGUGGGCACAAACAGAGGCUGCACCAAGACCUUUUGCCCCCUAUCUGAUGGCUACAGCCCCCCCUGAGGAUGCCAGGCGGCUCAGCGGGGACCCACCUCCUCCUUUCAGGGUCUCUCCCCUGGCAAAUGACCCCAGACAGCCCCAAGUGGCUGAGCCUUUGCCUCUUGGGCGGGUCAGGGGUCAGCAGCAGAGUGGGGUGGGUGAAGGCAGUGUGGGGGGUGCAACCCAGAGUGUUUCCCAUCCCAGCCUGGGCGCCUUCAGGCCCGGAAUCUUGGGGGCCCUUUCCCCCUCGGUGCAGCUGCCCCCCACCCAGCCCAGGUGCAGGAGGAGGGAGCUGGGGCAGUGGGCGCUGGGGCCCUGGGACCCCGGGGUCCGCAGUGGGGGCCCACCCUGGCCAGGGGCCAGCGGGCCUAUCAAGGACACACCCCAAGGCUCCACUGGCCCCGCCCCGUGUGGUGACCUGGGUCCCCGACAUGUCCAGGUGAGGGUGCUCGGCGGAGGGCAGAGGGUCACUGUGGCCCGGUCAGCACUCCCCGGACCCACGCUGGGCGCCAGGACCCGGGCAGGAGGCUGUGUGGGAGUGGGGGGCAGCGGGGACCCAGGCCCGUGUCUAGGGCUGUGUGGGACCCUGCUGAGCCCGAAACUCUGGGCAGUGGAGCACGGGGGACGCAGGCUCCCCCCUCCCCACAGCACGUCCUGCCAGCGGCUUCAGCCACCUCUACCAGAGAACCCCCAAUGGGCAGCCCCCCGGGACCUCCCCUCCGAAUUCCAUCAUCUCCCUCUUAGCGCAUCAGGAACCAAACUCCCAGGCCUGCUCCCCUCCACCCCGCUGCCCUGCAGCCUCGCCGACACCUUCCGGGGCCAGCCCACCACUCGGGCCGGAGCCCCCGGGCACGGGGUCCUGUCCCACCUGCCUCAGCCCCGACACCCACCCCUGCCCUGGCCUAGCCUGGGCCGAGCACCGCCACUGGAGCCUCCCAGAGCGUCCCCUGCCUGCCCUUCGCAGUCACCUCCCCAGCAGGGUUCGAGGAGCCCUGCCAAACGGGGUCCGUCCGUCCACCCCACGGACCACUGUCCCGCCAAGAAAGCAGCGAAGUACUGGGACACCCUGCGGCCUGGAGAACCCCGAAGAUGUCGCGUGUGUGAGGGCAGGCACGAGGGCCCGGGUUCCACCUGCCUGAGAGCAGGAGCACACAGGCGCAGGGAGGCGGGACUGGGGGCUCCGGGGGCAGGAAUGGGGGUCAACGCCCAACAGGGGCAGGGCCUCUGGCCAGGGGACAGGAAAGUCCUGCCGUUUGGUGACGUCCAGCACCCACAGAGAAAUGCGCCGCGGCAGGGCACCGAGCAGGGGCGCAGGCUGGAAGCAGCCCCGGGGGGCAGCAGUGUGUCGCCCCUGUCCCGGGGUCAGCGGGUCCCCUCCCGGCCACUCAGUCCCCGUCCACCCACCCUGCCCGCCAGCUUCUGUCCAUCGCCGCCAUCGCUGGUGUCCGGGCCUGAGGUUCGCCCGUGUGCUGUGAAGUCACCGCUCGUGGGUCCCCGGUCGUGCAGGGCCCCAACUCGUGGCCACUCCACGGCCACCCACUCCAUCCGGAGGCCGGGGGUGCCCGACUUGAGGCUGUCACGGGCAGCGCGUGGCACGUCCUCGGCCGCGUCUCUGGAAUUCUGUGGGAAUGUGCCCGGGAGCUGGGUGCUGGGCUGGAGCAAGCACUGGGUGCAGCCUCGGCGGGUGCUGACAGUUUUCCGAAGCACUCGUGCCCACGGCCACACCGCCACAGUGGACGGGCACCCGUGUGCCUCGUCCUCAGCCCCGGGCUCAGCUUGA